UUUUGUGAGCGCGUGCCACUCGGAGAGCGUCGCGGAAGCCUUUGUCUCGGCCGGCGUCCCGCACGUCGUCGUCGUGCCCAAGGAAGACAAGGUGCUCGACCAAAAGGCAAUGGAGUUCUCCAAGGCCUUCUACACCGCGCUCUUGGCGGGCCACAGCGUCUACAAGGCCUUUGAGAUUGGGCAGGUCCAGGCCGACAUUGUGUCGAUCGCCGACCACCACCAGUCCAAGUUCAAGCUCCUUGGCAACGGCGACCAUGCGCGCAGCCACCUCUUCUCCGACCUUGCGGUUGGAGAGUACCAAGACCUGACGCCACGGCUGCCCGUCAACGAGUGCGACGCGGUCGCUGAAGUCUUUGUCGGGCGGUCGAUCGAAGUCCACGCAGCGUACACUGCGCUCGUCGAGGGUGCGCGCAUGGUGUGUCUCACGGGGCCCGCAGGCAUUGGCAAGACCGAAGUCGCACUGCAGACGUGCCAGUACGCGACCGACCGGUACCUCUUCCAGCGCAUCUUCUUUUUGCGUUUUGCGCUGCCGUCGUCGCUGCCGCUGCGGCCAUACCUCAUGGGUCGCCUCGCCAAAAGCUUCGGCGUCACAUCGGCCGACGAGGCCAGUGAUGACAGCGACGACGCGAUGGAGAAGCUCACGGACCGCAUUCGCGACAAGCUCGAGGCCUCCGCGUCGUCGCAGUCGACCAAGUACCUUCUGGUCAUGGACGGCUGCAAUGCGCUUUUUCCAAACAAGGCGCUCGCACCCGGUUUGAUGCCGCAACUCCGGACCAUCAUUUCCCAGCUGCUGCGCCGCGUGCGAUCACUGAGCUUGCUCAUCACGAGCGACUCGCGCCUCGGGGGCGGCACGGGCAUGGACUGCGGCGUGGGCGAGCGCAUCAUCCCGAUCGAGCAUCUUCCGCCGAUGGACGCUGCGCUGCUCUUCACCGUGCGCGCGCCGCGGCGGCUGCAGAUCCACGAGAUGGGCGGCGACCUCCACGCCUUCAGCCGCGGUGUCGUCAUGGACGCACUGGGUGGCCACCCGCGUACCAUCUGCGCCGUGGCCCAGCUGCUCGAAGUCCGCGAUCUGCAACGCGACGAGCGCGAGUUUCUCCAUUACCUGAUCCCAUCCGUGAUUGCGGGCCUCGACCCGAGCUCCAAGCAAGACUUGGCCAACGACUACUGCCCGCUCUUGCCGUAUGGCCACGCCCGCCACCCGGCGCUCGCCAAGUCGGCGUCGAGCCGCGUCUCGUCGGCGCUGCUGGAUCCGGCGCCGCUGCGCAAGCACGGAUCAUUCCUCGACCGCCGGAACGACGCUGGCGAAAGCGGCACCGCGACGGGCGGCAUGUCGCCACAGCAGCUGCUCGUCUUUGCAGUGCGUCAGCAUGCGCGGUCCCACAUCGCGUCGCCGGAAGGCUGCGUCGUCUGGGCGCACGCAGUCGUCGAGUACGAAGCGUCGACGCCGCAUGUGGACGCGCGGCGCGCGACCGCCGUGCCGUUUGAGCUGCUCGCGCAGCAAAUCAGCCGCUUCUUUGCGUCCAAGGUGCGCCAGGCCGCCGUCGAGCGCCCGCUCUCGAGCCGCUGCAUGGAGUUCCUCGCGUCUUCGUCGCUCAUCUGGGGCGCCACCGGUCGGAGUCCCAAGACGAUGGACAACGCGGUCGACGUCUCGAUGUUUGCCGCGUUCUGGAGCUGGUUUGAGCCGCUCAUCGUGUGCAUUCAAAAGACCAACGUGUGGGCGUUCAAACACCCGCGCCUCCUCCACGGCUUCCUCUCGAAAGAAGCGUCCAAAGCCAUGUUGGUGGCCACCAACGCGCCCGGCACGUUCCUGCUGCGCUUCUCCGAGACGCGCCAGUCGUGCCUCGUGGUCGCCUACCUCACGGCCAGCCGGCGCGUCGAGUUUGUCCCGAUCGAGUUCAACCCGAUCUCGUCGACGUUCGAGAUGCGCCUCCAGGACGAGACGGCCCGCGUGGUGUACCCGUCGCUCGCACAACUCGUGCUCAGCAUCCACGUCCUCACGUGCAUUUACCCCAGCACGCCCAAGGCGCUCGUCUUCCACAAGCCGGAAGAGGCCGUGCUGCAGCAUUGAGCGAGCACCCUUUCGAAGGCAGCAGGGAGGCAAGAGACAAAUGGUGUGUUUAUGCUGUACGCAGACGACGCCACGA